AUGUGGUUGCGAUGCGCCGUCAAGUUGCUUCUGACUUAUGAAAACGCUGAAUACGUCGCAGAUCACAUUUUGACGUUGUUGAAUUCUUCGGAGUUGGACCAAGAAGAAAUCCAGGUUCUUGUGAGCAAGCUGACUGAUAUUGCCAACUGCGAAGAGAUCAGCCUGGCUCUGGCUGGGAAAGCCCUGCAAAUUAUAGAUGCUUUUCUGCUGAAGGGAGCCAAAGUAUCAGGGGCACAGAAAAAGCUCAACAGCGUCUUGCAGCUAAUGGAAAAAAUAAGUUUCAAGCUGGACUUUGAUGGAAGAAAUGAAUCCAUUGUCUUGCCAAGACUGGCCAUGGCUCUUGUGUGUCCAGACCCUGUGGAUUUCCAGGGGCUCGCUUUUGGGGUUACAUCGUACAGCUCAAACAGAUACCCAGAGCUAAAUAUCCGUCAAGCUCCCUUCACAACUGCCGUAGCGUCAAUAUUUUUGCCUCAACUACUGAAGGAUUACUUGGAGGUCCAGUCUUAUGACCCAGAAGACCACACAGAAAUCCAGUUUAGUUUCUUCGGCGAAACGUCGCUGUUUCAGGACAGCAGCUGCGAGGAUCAGUUCCUGAACAGCUACGUUGUGGGCGCCAGCCUCAAGAACGUGUCCAUCCAAAACCUCACGGUGCCCGUCAAUAUUGUGCUACAACACACAACACAAAACAAAGAAAAUGCCCAAGUGUACUGUGUGUUUUGGGACUUCAAGAAGAACAGUGGAUCUGGCGGCUGGAACAGAUCAGGAUGCCAAACAAAAUCCUCAGGUGUCAAUUAUACCGUCUGCAACUGCCACCACCUGACCCACUUUGGAGUCCUGUUGGAUGUCUAUCGGGAGCCAGUUGACAACCCGGUCCUAACUUUGAUAACCUAUACAGGCUGCGGCAUUUCCUGCAUAUUCCUGGGCUUGGCUUUAAUAGUGUACCUUUCCAUCGACAAGCUCCGUGGAGACUACCCCUCCAGAAUUCUCGUCAACCUUUGCUUUGCGCUCCUGAUGCUGAACCUCACGUUCCUGGUGGACUCCUGGCUCGCCUCCUUCAACAACUAUGGGCUCUGCAUCUCCGUGGCCGUGUUCCUACAUUACUUCCUGCUGGCGGCCUUCACCUGGAUGGGCCUCGAAGCCAUUCACAUGUACUAUGCCCUCAUCAAGGUGUUCAACACUUACAUUCCCCGCUAUAUCCUUAAGUUUUCCAUAGCUGGCUGGGGAAUUCCAGCGUUGAUAGUGGCUAUCGUCCUCGCUAUAAGCCCAGACUUUUAUGGGACCAGACCUGUUUCCAGCAGCGCCAGCCCAGAGGCACUUUUUUGCUGGAUUAAGAAUGAUGUUGUCUUCUACAUCUCCACGCUGGCUUACUUCUGCCUGGUGUUCCUGAUCAAUGUCGGAAUGUUCAUCACGGUCCUUCUGCAGAUUCAUACCAUGAAUAAAACUAACCCAGUGCAGGAGCAGGGCCACUGGGGUCACAGUUUCCUCCGCAACUGGAAGCGUGUGGUCAGCUUGACGUUCCUGCUCGGCUUGACAUGGGGCUUUGCCUUCUUCGCCAGCAGGCCCGUGAGGAUUUUUUUCCUGUAUCUCUUUGCCGUUUGCAAUACUUUGCAAGGGUUCUUCAUUUUUCUGUUCUACUGUCUCAUGAAGGAGAACGUGAGGAAACAGUGCCGGAUUCACUUCUGCUGCGGGAAGUUCCGUCUCGACUAUUCUCAAUGGAGCAGUUCUGCCACAGCUUUGGGGUACCCUUCUCACCCGCGGGAACAGUCGUCCCGGUCCUUAAAGUCUUACGCAACCAGCUCAACCUCCAAUGGCUCAAGAAGUUUACCAGGAUCUAUUCCAGACAUCGGUGUCCAAACGGAUCAAAUUUGGUGUAACACUGACUGCACCUCCAUGACUUACCUGAAGCCGGAGCUUCCAUGUGGGGGAAGAAGAUUGACAACGGGUGCAGAGCUACACGGCGCUCACAAAGCCAAGAUUUCGCACGCAGGUCAAGUUUCGUUCCAAUGAAGACUUCAUUCCCUCUACAAACCAACGGUUUCCUACGGACCUUUUGAAAAACCCGGUCGUUGGCUUUCUCAAAGCGAUUGCAUCGAACUGAGUCCAUGUUGAUUCCCUAGAUUAGAAUCUCGGUGGAGUGAUUUUUGCCAAAGAGUUGAGCGAGCAU